GAGAAAUUCAAUCCGGGGUGUGUGCAAUGCCCACGAAGUUUCCUCAGCAAAUAGUACUCUGUUUUAAUUAGGUCUAGAUAAUCAUGGACUGGGAACGCAAGUCUCUCGAGUGGUCCGAUGAAGAUUUUGGCAAGUUUUGCUACGCGUGGAGAGAGGCGAUAGUGGUGACGAAACUCCAGAUCGGCGAGGGUAAAGCAAUGGUGGACAAUUUGGUCACAGCCAGGGACUGGGAUAUCUGGUUCAAGAGAGCCACCUUCCUCCAGCCUAAAGAGAGAAAGCCAGGAAUAUGCGUCAUCUUGUGCACGAGAGACGCGCCUGUCGACUUCGAGGGAUCAUCAUCUGCGCCGUCAUCUGCGCCGGUCUAUUACCUCCCGUUCGAUAAACACAUCCUCAAGACCAUUGUUGAGAGGUUCCACGUCCAUCCUACGAUAAUGCGAACAAUUACAAGAGAGGUGCCGUAUUUCUCUAUCCAACGCCACGGAUUCAGUGAAUGGCAGGAAUGCAAGAUUACGUCAACAGUCCGAACCGCGUCGGUACAGAACGAUGAUCUCGCGCUCUCGUCGGCCUACCUCCCGACCCCGGGCUUAACCCUAGCAGUCGUAUACGGGUGCAACGAGUCCCAAAAGCAGCAGCUCGUACGGAGGAUAAGCUCUGUGGACCUGGCAUACAACCACCCCACCCUCCUCGCCGGGGUACUCGCCGAGCUGGAGAGAGUCCGGCUGAGCAGGAUGGUGGAGUCGGUGCUGGACGGCUUCGAGCUGCAGGCGUGGCGCGAGACCGAGCUCGAUCUCGACAUGGACAAGGCGAAAAUGGCGUCGUCGCUCAAGUUGAGCUUCGAAAGCCGCGCCAUCGUGAACCAGAUGCAGAUGCUCAAGCCGCAGCUGGCCAAGAUGCGCGCUGAGACGGCAAGGUUCGCAGACUCUAUGCCCGCGAAGUUGGAGAUGAAGGAGGGUGAGACGCUCGCGAAGAAUAGGGACGGCGACGGUAUUCCUGGAAAACGAUUGCAGCCGACCUUCUCCCAAGAGCAACUUAGAUGGGAGAGCGAGACGCUUGCGAAUAAUAGCGACGACGACGGUAUUCCUACAAAACAAUUGCAGCCCGCCUUCUCCCAAGAGCAGCUAAGAAGGGCGGGCGAGCUGAUUGUCUCCCGACUGGACGAGAUCUCCACCGAGUUUGACGACAAGAUCAACGAAUGCAAGACCAUCAUCGACAACAUGUCUCUCACGAUGCAAACGGUAUGGAAUCACUUUGCGAGGGAGGAUAACAAAAUGAACCUCAGCCUAGCGCGGGCUAGCACUGGCUUCUCGAAGGACAUGAAGCGCGACAGCUCGCAGAUGCGAUCCAUCGCGCUACUGACCAUGGUGUUCAUCCCCAUCUCUACUAUUGCGUCCAUUUUCUCCGCCGACCUCUUCAGCUGGGACCCGGCCGAGGGCAAGACCGUCCUAUCGGGCUACAUCUGGAUCUUCGUCGUUAUCUCUCUCGGCCUAACCACCGUAACCGUCGGCGCCUGGUAUCUGUCCAUGUAUCGCGUGGUGAGGAAGGAAGACGCUAAUCGUCGACGGGACGACGGCGGCGGUGGCAGUAUGGGUGUGUAGCAUAAGGCUCUUUAGCUACGCUUUAGUUAGCACACGACGCACACUCGCUGCAAACCUACUGCAUACCUACUGCAUACCUAUUGCAUAGGUUAAGCAGCAGCAGCACCAGCCUACUCAUAAGGAAGGAAAUAAUUGAGCGGCUAUUGCAACCAAGGUUUCGACACUCUAUCCACUAUGUUAUCCUCUGCACUGCUGAAUCAAAGCCAAUCGCCCUUUCCGCUCAGCCCUACGGACCCAUACACGUGUAUGGAAACAGUGAAAUUGGGAUCCACCAUCUCAGGGAUAUGAAUCCUGAGGGAAGCCUCUGGCCUCAAGGUCUUACGUUAGCGUCCGUUGGGCGUCAGCACCAUUCCAUUUUCAGCACUGGCGGCGGCCGCCCC